UGCCUGGCUGUGUAAUGUUUUUCAAACAUCGAGAUAUUACGCUGGAGGCUGGUCACCAAAUAAUAACAGAGUGACUGUUCUCGUUCAGCAUAGAGGAUCUUUGUCCGCGGGUAUGCACCAGUAGGAAGGCGCCUUUUGACAGAAGGCAGCAGGAGUGUGGACUCGGGGCGGCGACAGUGGAAUAACAGCGGGCCCUUCAUGGACAGGACGGCCGUGGUGAAGGUCGGAGCCGCGGCCAGCGCCAGCGUCUGUGCCCUGUUCGGCGGUGUGGUUCUGGCCCAGUACAUCGUCGCCAAGAAGAAGCGAGCAGGCAAGAAAACCAGGAUCAUAGAAAUGAUGCCUCAGUUUGAGAAGUCGACGGUCCACAUGAGGGACCCUGAGAGGGUGGAGCAGAUCAUCUGUGGCCUCAUCAAAGGAGGAGCUUCCAAACUACAGAUCAUCACAGACUUCGACAUGACGUUGAGCAAGUUCGCUAUCAACGGCAAACGCUGUCCGUCGUGUCACUAUAUCAUUGAGAACUGCAGAUUGGUGUCAGAGGAGUGCAGACAGAAGCUGCUGCAGCUCAAGAAUAAAUACUAUCCCAUCGAGAUCGACCCUCAUCUCACCAUGGAGGAGAAAUACCCAUUCAUGGUGGAGUGGUAUUUCAAGUCUCACACACUGCUUGUGGAGCAGCGGAUAGAGAAAGACAAACUGGCAGAGAUGGUGAGAGAGUCUGACGCUGCACUCAGGGAAGGCUAUGAGCAGUUCUUUGACCGCCUGCAGCAGCACGAUGUGCCCGUCUUCAUCUUCUCGGCUGGCCUGGGCGACGUCCUGGAGGAAAUCCUCCACCAAGCCGGAGUCUACCACCCCAACGUCAAAGUCGUGUCCAACUUCAUGGACUUUGACGAAAACGGCGUCCUGAAGGGUUUCAAAGGCGAGCUGAUCCACGUGUACAACAAACACGACGGCGCCCUGCGGAACACGGACUACUUCAAACAGGUGAAGGACUACUCCAACAUCAUUCUAAUGGGGGACUCGCUGGGGGACCUCAGCAUGGCCGACGGCGCGCCCAACGUGGAGAACAUCCUCAAGAUCGGCUUCCUCAACGACAAGGUGGAAGAGCGGCUGGACAAAUAUCUGGACUCUUAUGACAUCGUCCUGGUGAAGGACGAGACUCUGGAGGUGCCCAACGCCAUCCUCCAGAAGGUUCUAUAACUCCACGCUCGACCUCCCCAACCCCAGGUCCACUCCUCUCCUCCCCUCCCAUCAGCCCCCUUCCAGCUUUGGGCCUGUCAGACUUCUAACACCAACCUAAGCCUUUGUCGAUGGUCCAACCCCUUCUCUUGCUCUGGUUUUCUUCCCCCCCCCUCGCUCUUUAAAAGCCCUUUUUUUUUUUUCUCGAGACAUCUCCUGAAUGAACAGUUUUAAAAGUCCACACAGCUGCAUCAGCCUGUCUCUGGUGUGUUUUGUCCAUUUGAAUUGUUUCUGAUGUUCUCUCAAAGUCGUUUUAUGAUUUAAAAAAAACAGAA